CUGACGACAUUUCCUGGUGUGGGAAUCAAGCGUCUCGGCGUCUCUGAAAAUCAACAGAAGCCUGAAACACACCAUCGCGGAGAUUUUCAGCAGCUGCCAUGCGGCCCUGCACUACUGUCCAGCGGGGAAGUGCACGCCUGCGUGUGUCGGGGAUCGCGUUUUGAGUUGAGUGUUUGCGUUGGAGCGAGCAGGGGCGCGGGUCUGGUGGUGGUUGUUGUUCGGUGGUCUGACAGCAGCAGCAGCAGACGGCGGUGAAGAGGAGGAAGAGGGGCGACGCUCCCGUUAAUGAAACUCCACUUCGAAUUGCGAGCAGGGGAGUCUAAUGGGCAAAGGACCAAACUCUCAUGAUCCAAGUGCUGAGUUGCCAUCCACCAUGCUAAGAUAAAAACACAAAACUGGGUACUGAAGAUGCUAAAGCGACUGGACAAGAUAAGGUUCCGAGGACAGAAGCGAGAUGAGUUCUUGGACCUUGCUGAGUCGCCCAAUGCGUCGGAUAGCGAAUGUAAUGAUGACCUCUUGAUGAAACCUCGCGUGUCCCUCAAAGAUGCAGAGGAACUGCGUGACCCUGCUGGCCCAGGGUCCAUCAGCAUGGCUGCUGCCAUCCAGGACUACCAGAGAACUGAGUCGGACAGGCUUAAUGAAGUCAAAGGUCACCUUGAGAUUGCCUUAUUGGAGAAGCACUUCCUUCAGGAGGAGCUGAGGAAACUUCGAGAGGAGACAAAUGUUGAGACACUGAAGCAGGAGCUGGAGAAGGAGCGCUCAAAAAGAGUCGACCUUGAACAAAAGAUGAACGAAAUUCUCAAAACCAGGCUAGAAGACUCUCCGCCUCCGCCUCCCAAAGCACAUGGCCCUACUGUCAAUGGAACAGGAGAGAAGCAGAAGGAGUCUUUGAGCUCUAAACUGUGGAAGUGGCUGUACGAGCGGUUUGGCGUGUAUAUUGAAGACUUUCGUUUUCAACCUGAGGAGAAUACAGUAGAGACAGAAGAGCCACUUAGUGCUAAAAGAUUAACUGAAAAUAUGAGACGACUCAAACGAGGUGCUAAGCCUGUCACUAACUUCAUGAGGAACCUAUCUGCCUUAUCCAGCUGGCACUCUGUCUACACAUCAGCCAUUGCUUUCAUUAUCUAUAUGAAUGCUGUGUGGCAUGGCUGGGCCAUUCCCAUGUUUCUAUUUUUAGCCAUUCUACGCUUGUCCUUAAAUUACCUCAUAGCAAAAGGCUGGAGGAUACAGUGGAGUAUUGUGCCCGAGGUGUCUGAGCCAAUGGAGCCUCCAAAAGAAGACCUGACUGUUUCAGAGAAGUUCCAGUUAGUGUUAGAUGUGGCACAAAAAGCACAGAACCUGUUUGGAAAGAUGUCAGAUGUCUUGGAGAAAAUCAAAAAUCUGUUCAUGUGGGUGCAGCCUGAGAUUACUCAGAAGUUGUAUAUUGGUCUAUGGAUGGCAUUUAUUGCUUCUUGCCUGCUGCCGUACAAACUCCUGGGCUUCAUAAUUGGUCUGUAUGCUGGAAUCAAAUUCUUCAUCAUCGACUUCCUCUUCAAGAGCUGCCCCAAACUUAGGGACAAGUACGACACCCCCUACAUCAUAUGGAAAAACCUGCCAACUGACCCACAGCUCAAAGAGCGCAACAGUGCCACCCUCAACAGACGACUGUCUGGGUAUGAAAAGCAAAUCCAGCCUGUGGUGGCACGAGGUAGCCUGGGAGCUGGAGUGCCAAGUGGCAUUGGUCGUGAGGAAGAGAGUGGGCGGGCCUACAGCACCAAGAGAGGCCCGUUCCAUGAAGUCUUCAACCUGUCUGAGAAUGAGCGCCCCCUACCAGUGUGUGAGAACGGGUGGCGGUGCUGCUUGAUCAACAGGGACCGGAAAAUGCCCACUGACUACAUACGUAAUGGUGUCCUCUAUGUGACAGAAAAUUACCUGUGUUUUGAAAGCUCCAGUUCCCGGUCAACCUCCUCUAAGAAAAAUAAAGUCAUCAAACUCCAAGACAUUACAGAUAUUCAAAAAUAUAAGGUCUUGUCAGUAUUACCUGGAUCUGGGAUGGGAAUCUCAAUAGCCACGCCUUCCACACAAAAGCCUCUAGUGUUUGGUGCCAUGAUUCACCGAGACGAGGCCUUCGAUGCCAUCUUUAGCCAGUACACCAAGAUCAUCGGCUCCACCCCUUCCAUCACAGUCGCCAACUCAGAAACAUAGAAGCACGCAGCAUAUGACUGGUCACUGACGUGUCCUGCUUCAAUUACACUUGAACAUGGAGACUUUAGUAAGCAGCUCCUUCAGCUCCUUCUCUUCCAGCAUAGGAGGUCCCAGGACAGCCAGAAAAAAAGGAAUCCAUCUCCCAUAACCUCUCUGUGCUGCAUUUUUAGAAAGGUGUUUUAAAGAUGAGACACUCGGCUAGUACAGUCAACUAGUACACUGGCGUUUACUGUGUCUUGUGUAGCGAUUUGCUGACUAACACUGAAAUGCCAUUAUGGAACAGGAGCUGGUUCUCCUUGGCUAUUCUAAGAGGAUUCUUGUCUUGUGUUUGUAUGUGUGUGUGUUUUCGGUGUUUGUGUCUCAUAACUCUUAAGUCUUAAGAGUCUCAUAAGUCUUUUGUCACAUAGUGUUAAAUCCAGCCUUUUCUUUCUUCCUGCCUUCCUGUCUUUUUCAUGUGAAUUGUAUCACUUCUUGCCUUGCACAGGGAGACACAUUGCGGUUUGUGGUGGCAAGUCCUUUAAGUAGUGAUAAAUAAAAUGUUUGGGAGACACCACAGCCUAAAACAUCUGCAGAGCAUAGCAGCUGCUACCCCCUACUGUAGGAAUGGCUAGCAACAUUUGAUUUUCAAUCCAAUAGUGAGUACUAAAGGCUUUUUAAAGACUAUUUGUGCACCAUCAAAAAAUCUUUGUGAAAUCUUUAGAGAAAAUUGGUAUUGCAGGUAUCCAAUGUUAAAACUAUUACUUAUUUUAGGGCUUUAUAAUAUUUUGCUUUCUCUCUGCCGUUUUCACUGCUUUUUUAUGGUAAGAUGUUUUCAUGACAUGUGGAGGGAGAGAGAAUUUUCCCGAUUUUCUGCAUCAAAAUCACAUUCCAUUUCAGAGAAAAUAAUUAUUUUAGCAAAUGCUAGAAGUAAACGCUCAGUAUUAAUAUAUUUGAGGAUCAAUUACCAAAAGAAAGAAAGAAAUACUGAACUUCAGUAUCAAUCUACCCAUCUCUGCCCUUCAGAAGUGCUUGGAAACAUAAAACCAUAACCUUUCACUUUAUGCUCAUCUCUCAUCAAACCCUGAUUUAAGUUCUAGCUUCAUUUGAAUGUGUGUAACCCAAUCACCUUAAUCACAGUGCACUCUCUGGAUUAUCUGUAGAUUUAGCUUUACGUGUUUUUCUGAGUGAUCAACGUUCGCUCCAAAUUGUGUUAUUGUAAAGUAAAUACAACCUCAUAUAAAAGCACAACAGUACCAUAAAGUCUUAUCCAUCAACUGAAUGUGCACAAGUGCAGAGAGCAUGUGGGGUUGUUGAAGUUGAGGAAAUACCUGUUUCUAACACUGUAUAUCCGUUUUCUGCCGUGUAUAUAGUCGUGCAUGUCACCAAACUUGAACCAUUUCAUGCCUCUCCAUAACGUGCAACUGUUUCUGUAAUGGCUAAACUUCAUUAUUAGCCAGGAUCAUAUGUGCUUCCAACCAUUAGCAUAAAGCAUUUAACAAGUUGGAAGAAUCUGUUUUACCUAAAUUGUAGGACAUUUAAUGGCCAUGUCUAUAAUUUAUGUAGCCGAGCUCAUAUAAGUACUGUAGAGCUUCAGUAUAUGGCUUUAUGACGAUCUCCAAACUAGUAGUACUUGCUUUUAAUCUUUUAAUUGCCCCUUCUCCACUGUAGCUCAACACUCCAGCAUAGUUGCUGGAGAAACAUUUAACUCUUUACAUGUUUUGUAAGCCUUUAAUUUCUUCUUAGUUUUUCUUGGCACAUACAGGUAGCUUUUAUAUAUAAUUCCAGUUGUGAGCACCUUUAGAAAUAAAACAGACCUUUAAUUAGGAAGGUGGGGAGUUUAUUUCUGAUGCCAAACAUCUUACACUUGAAAAAAAAUCUCCAUUCAUCUGUACACUUAUGGAUGUAGCCUACUGAAGUCUGUGUACUUAAACUAGUCACAUGAUGCCGUCGUAACCAGCACUUUACACAGUAAGAGUAGCAUUGCCUGUGUAUUUGUUUCAGUACCCUGAUGGUACUGUUUUGGCACAUUUAAUCUAAAUAAGAAUGUCAGCAUCUCCCUUCCUUAAUCUGAGCUCACUUAUUUUCAGUAACACCACUGAUUUAGCCCUCUUACUAAUGUGGCUGACUGUUAUUCUGUGCUAAAAGAGAGAAUAUGGUGGUCAUUAACCUUACUUAAAGGUUGGAGCUAUUAGAAAUGUAUGUAUGUUUAUGUUUAAAUACAUCAGAAUCAUAAAAUGUCAGUGGAGAGCCAGUAAGCUCUUAGAGAAGAAGCACAGAUUGUUUUUUAAAUGAAUUAUUUGCCAAAUAUAAUGUCUGUAUUACUGUUUGCUGUCUGCCUUGCCCUUAAACUCUUAUGUUUACAGAGUUUUGAGUCUUAAUUUUGUUGUCUAAGGCUAGUUUGAUCCCCAGAGCAAUCUAGGGGCAUGAAAAUGGUGCCUGUUGUUGUUCCUUGAUAAAUGUUAGUGGUACUGUGAGAGGCUCUAAACUGAUCUUUAAAACUGUGCAGGUCUUUUGCUUUCAAUUUGCAGUGUUUCCUCCAAGUUUUUGUCUUUCAGCCGCAUUCACAUGUAAGCAGCUACUGGUACCCCUCCUUCACUCAAGAGCAUCGUUUUCUCCUCAGUGGACAAAGACUUUGUUUGGACAACAUAUACAUUUUACUGUGUAUAUUUAAUUGUCUGUGGCAUACAGACCCAUGUUAGUGUGGCUAGCCAAAGACUAACAGUGGAGAAAAAUCACUUUUUAGUGGAACCACCAUUAUGAGUAGUCUAUGUAGAAGAAAAAUAAUCAUUAACUGCUCAAAUAAAUUUUGAUGCACCAAAUUUAUUUUUGUUCAUUAUUAUUUUUCUUUUAAAUAUGUGUAUGUUUUAAACAUUUCCUUAUAUUUUGCUUUGAUCUGGUCAGAUGUAAAGUCAUCUUCUCAAAGUUGUCCAUAAUCGGUAAACUGUAGAGAUGCCCCGUGAUAUCUAUGGAAUGAUUUCACACACAAAGAUCAUGCUUUCAUGUUAAACGAGCCUCAGUUUCUAAGAAAAUUGUCUACUGUAAACGUUGUACCUUUUUCUAUUUAAGUAAAAGAAUUUAAUAACUACC